GUGAACGCAGCACACGUGACGUUCUGUCAUGCUGUUGGUCGGUCAGGUUAGGCCCCGCCUCCACGUGAGCGUUGUUGUGUUCACGGACGGAGAACAGGACAGCAGGAAAAUGAUCAACUGGAAGGUUCUGGACAACGUCCCGCUCCUGCUCUACAUCCUGGCCCUGAAGACCUUCCUGCUGUGUCUGGGGUUCGCCGGGGUGAAGAUCUACCAGAGCAGGAGGGCGGAGGAGGCGCUGAGGAGGCAGCGGGCGGAGGAGCGCCGGCUGCAGGAGGCGCCGGGCCGCCUGAAGGAGGACUGAGGCUCCCGCAGGAGUCAGGGAGGAGGAGCAGAACCUCCUGACAGAACGUCUGGGUUCCCACAGCCAGGAGAACGUCCUGCUGGACGGAGAACACACUCAGCCCCACCGCUGGGUUCUGACGGAGAACGUUCCUGACGGAUCAGGACGGGCCGUUGUAGAGGUGGAACAUCUGUGUCAAUAAAUGGUUCUGGACCGGU